AUGUCCACAUCCCAAGAAACCGCAGCUCUUAAGACCUUUGAGCUAGAAAACGAGAUUCAAACUUUGGAUUCUUCUUCAGAUAAAGAUAAAGAUCUUGUUGAUGCUAUCUAUCAAUUUGACCCACAACAACAAGAAGAUUUUCGCAAACAAGCACCAUGGAAAAAAGAUCCUGAAUGGUUUAAAAAAGUCAGAAUCUCUUCAAUUGCCUUGAUCAAAAUGGCCAUCCACGCUCGUUCAGGUGGUUCCAUUGAAAUCAUGGGCGUCAUGACCGGCAAAGUACUUCCAAAUGAAUUCGUUGUCAUGGACGUUAUUCCUCUUCCUGUAGAAGGUACUGAAACCCGUGUGAAUGCCAUGGCAGAGGGUUAUGAAUACAUGGUCAACUACGUGACUUCUCUUAAUAAGAUUGGCCGUAACGAAAAUGUUAUCGGUUGGUAUCAUUCCCACCCGGGCUACGGCUGUUGGCUCUCAGGAAUUGAUGUUAAUACCCAACGCCAGUCACAAACUUUCCAAGACCCAUUCCUUGCGCUUGUCAUUGAUCCCAACUGUACAAUUGCUGCUGGCAAAGUUGAGAUUGGUGCCUUUAGAACUUACCCUCUCAAUUCCCAGGGCCGGCCCAUCAAAACAGCAGAAAAGGCUUCUUCAGCCUCUAAGAUUGCAUCAGCAGCCCAGAUAAAAUCUACAAAGAGCCAGGCUAUUCCAUCCGCAAAAAUCAAGGAUUUUGGUGUCCAUGCCGAUUUCUACUACCAGCUCCCUAUUACUUACUUUAAAUCUAACCUUGACUCCAAACUACUUGAUCUGCUGUGGAACAAGUACUGGACAUCAACUCUUUCCCAAUCACCUCUUCUCUCCAAUUACGAUUAUGCCACUCGGCAAAUCCAAGAAAAUGCUCUUAAAACUGAUGCUGCCACUGAGGCCUUGGCCCGACAGCUUAAUGCAAUUCAUGAAAAUGCAGCAUUUCAUAUUUCAUCAUCUUUACCAAAACCCAAGGCUUCGAGCUCAGACUCGUUUGCUUCUGCAACAACAAUAAACUCUGAAGGAAUUUAUAUGGAGCCUCACAGCCUAACGUCGGGCCACUCGGGGAAAGAGGGUAAAGAAACUCGUGACUCUGGCAAGACGGUAUUCAUUCCCACUUACGCACUUAUUGGAACCGCAAUACACAAUACAGAGCGACACGGAGAUGCAAAUGUCACUGCUCCCGGUUCAAGUGGUGCGACCUCUUCCUCAGGUACAGUCUCAGUUACAAGCAUGCGCGGCGUUACUAAUAAGAAGAAAAAAACAAGUUCGUCUUCGAGUACUGCUUCAUCCGAGGAAACUGCAAACUCUUCUAAAAAAUCAGAAAAAAUCAAGCUGCCAGGUAACUUGGCUCUUUCCGUUAAAAAGUCUGAUACCCGGCCUUUCAAUUAUUUCAAUGGUGUUGGCUCUUCGAUGAGUGCUCGUUCAGAAAUCACAUCAGAAGCCCAGGCCGGCGUCAGCAUGGAGUUUAAAGAAGCAGUUUUGGGCUCAGUAAGAACUGGUAACGAUCAACUCCACGGAUUAAUUUCACAAGAACUUCGUGAUCAGCUUUUUUCCACGAUUCUCACUCAUAAGUGCGAUCAUCAGCAUUAA